GCCACUUCGAUUUCCUACUAACAUUCCGUUGAGAUUCCCUGCUUUUUGUUCGUUUUCUAGACUUUGUACUGUUCUAACGAACUUAUGGCCGGUAAAUCGGCAGCCGCCGGCAAGGCCAGGAAAGCUUCCGCCACAGGAAAGGUCGGGAAAGCUUCCGCCACCGUUAAGGCCAGGAAAUCAGCCGCCACUGGAAAGGUCGGGAAAGCUUCCGCCACCAUUAAGCCCAGGAAAUCAGCCGCCACUGGCAAGGCCGGGAAAGCUUCCGCCACCGUUAAGGCGAGGAAAUCAGCAGCCACUGGCAAGGUCGGGAAAGCUUCCGCCACCGUUAAGGCCAGGAAACCAGCCGCCACUGACAAGGCCGUUAAAGAUGCUGACAUUAAGAAAAUUCGCAAUCCUAGCUAUUCCGAUUUGAUUAUUGAGGCAAUUAGCACGUUGAAGGAAAGGAAUGGAUCGAGCAGGCCGGCGAUUGCGAAGUUCAUUGAGGAGCAUAAGGCUUUGCCCCCGCCCUCCUUAUUUAAGACGCUCUUAUCUGCCAGAAUUAGAGAACUCCUCGCCUCUGAAAAGAUUAUGAGGGUGAAGAAGUCCUAUAAGCUUUUUACCCAUCCAAAAACCGCCACCGCUCAGGCCGGUAAACCUUUAAAACCCGCAGUAGCACCGAAGAAGAAGGCUACUACUGCCGCUGAAAAGCCAAAGGCUGGCAAGAAGACAAAGGUUUCAACUCCGGUUAAAAAACCACCGGCCAAGGCCGCCGCACUGAAGAAAAAUGUGGUGAAGAAGGCCGUCGUAUCUAAGUUAAAGAAGACGCCGGUCAAGAAGGUGGCUUUAUCUAAGUUAAAGAAGACGCCGGUUAAGAAGGGCAAGACAAUCAAGCCCCCUGCCAAAAAGGCUAGGAAAUGAAUUAGUUGCCUCACUUGCCUGAUUGGGUAACUUAUCACUUUCGGUUAGGGUUUGUAAAUUUCAGGUUUUGUGAUAAUUCAAUAGCUUUUGCUAUGAUAUAAGUUUUCAUUGACACCAUUGAUCAUUGGUGGUAAUAGCUUUUAGUAGUUUUGAACUCAGUUAUGUAAUAUUUCAACUUAUGUGCUGAAAUGAAAAGAGUUGCAUUGCCA